GACAGGUUUGAAUAGGUACCUCCCUCCGGCUGGUAUGUCGUCCAACAGGUUUGAGACAGCGUAUCGUAGAGAAAGCAACGCUUAUGUGUCUUGAAAGUUUUAUCUCGAACGUCAUGUAUUAAAGCAAAGGAGUACGACUCCGGAGGACACCUGUGAGGAGAUUCCAUGCCACAAUGGCGGCCUCCUGGAGGUGGAUUUGUGUGCUGAGCAUUCUGCAUUGGGCCCACUGCUCGGUCACCUCCAGGAACACUUCAGGGGCUUCGCUGUUCCUGGAGGACGAGUCCGCCAAUGCUUUCCUGUCCCGCUCAUUGCUUUACAACAGCUGGGACUUUGAGGUGGUGGUACCUGACAACCUGGAAAGAGAAUGUCGAGAGGAGAUUUGCACCUACGAAGAAGCCAGAGAAGUCUUUGAAGACAACGCUCAAACCCAAGCAUUUUGGGAAGACUACAUUCAAGCCCACGAAUAUGCGCCCAGAGUGGACACGUCAGGGCUGAUCGCAGGGAUCCUUGCACUAGUUGUGUGCGCUGUCAUCGCCACUGUGCUGGGCAUCUACUGCUACAUGUCAAAGAAGCGUGGUGGAAGGAGACCAGUGCAAAUGCCACAAGAUGGUCGUCAAGGCCCGGAAAUGGUGCCCCUGGCAACCAUCCCAGGUUUGCCCAGCUACAACGAGGCCCUACACCGCAGUGGGAUGCACGAUGCCCCGCCGCCGCCUUAUUCAGGGGGGGCGCCAUCGGAACCUGCAGACCCAGGAGACAACCAGUGAGAAGCUUCCAGACAGUUGCUUCAAUGUGGUUGAAGCUUCUGAGUGAACUUUAAUCCUCCCAUUGUGUGUUUUUGUAUUUAUGGGCGGAGUUAAAAGGUAAUUCAGAUGGAUGAGGUACAUAUUGACUGUGUGCAGGUGAGGGUGCGGUUUCCUAAUUGCACUGUCCGUCAAUGUUAGAUUGAUGCAGUGGUCACAAUAAAUUAGUUAGUUGUUUUUUUUUUUCACUUUUUUCAGCAAGUACCACCAUAAUGACCAACAGUAAAGUAAAGUAGGCCUAAGUAUCCGUUAAAAACCAGGCAGAGGUUGUAUUUAACAAGUAUAUUACACAUUUUUGGCCUCUGUCACAUUACACACAGUUUGAACAGUAACACUGUGUUCCAAUAUAGGAAAAUAAAACACUGUACUUGAAUCAAGUGAUUCUUUGGCUUACCACUAGAUGGAGCCCAAGUACCACCGUUUCAAAAUCCCUGCGUUAGUGAAUCUACUUGUAUGGAAGAAGUAAACAAGGGUCCAUUUAUUGUAGGGUUGGGCAAUACUGCCUCAUGGUAUGGAUUAGAUAUUAAUUGUUGAUACCAUAACUUUUGGGAUUUUAGUAAAGAUAAAUGUUACAAUACACAAAGCACAACAAAUCGCAGAUUUAUGUGAAAACAAGAACACUGAAAAAAAUGGAUCCCAUACUGACACAAGCCUAUAGAUACAGGCAAUAUUGGAAUCAACUGCCCAGCCCUGUACUGUAUUCUAUUGUACCUACAAUACUGUAACUAGCUCGUGGGUGAUACUGCAAAUGUUGAUAUCGAUCUGAUACCAAGGAAGUGCAGGCUUGCCAAUAUCAGUCCUUUUUACUGGAAAUCUUAAACAAUUCAAUAAUUUUUUUGAGUUCGUCUUUAAUUAAGAGUGCUAUUGUUAUUGUUAUUUUAGUUACCUUACUCAAAUGAGUCAUCUUCAGCUUAGGAACCUUGUAGACCAGGGGUGUCAAACGUAAGGCCCGCGGGCCGCAUCAGACCCACGAACAGGUUUUAUCUGGCCCUCGAGAUGAAUUUGCUCAGUAUAAAAAUGAGCCGAAAUUUUUGAAUGACAUAAACUGCAGUUCUAAAUGUGUCCACGAGAUGUCCCAAUAACAAUUCUUUGUAUCUUUGUAGAUGAUGCACCAUAUGUAACAAAAACCAUAAAACAAAACACAUGAUGUUAGUACACCAAUCGAGGACAAUAACAUGCUGUAUUUUGAUCUUGAUAUAAUUUUCUUAUCUUGAUGGAUUGAAAAUGAACACCAACGAGUUUACAGAUGAACAUUAUCACAUCAUUUAUUCAGAAAGUGGAAAUAACGACAAAUAAAGAUAGAAUACUAUUAACCACAACAUGUAAGUGUAAAAAAAAAAAAAACAUUAUGAUUUGUGCAUUUUCAGAAGGUGCUUAUUCUAUUUUUAAACAAAGAAAACAAUCUGAAGUUGUCUUUGUUUUUAAGUUAUCGUGACGUGAUUUAGCAAUCCGGCCCACUUGGAAGUAGAUUUUUCUCCACGUGCCCCAGAUCUAAACUGAGUUUGACACCCCUGAUACAGGUAUCAAGUUCAAUAUGUGUAUUAACUUAUUUAUUUAGUGUGGGGAAAAAGAUUUUUUAUUUUUUUAUUUUGUGAGCGUUACAAGCAAAUGACACAAUAAAAAGAGCAACAUGUAAAAAUAA